UCGUUAUCUUCUCACGUUUCCCAAUGUUCUUCUCACACACCCAAUUGUUUAUCAUUAUAAUAUCCUUCUAUCACUUUUAAUACAAUUCAAAAAAUUAAAAAGGGUCUCUUUUUCUAGUUUUCUGGGAAAAUAAGAAACUUGAUUCGAACUGGGUUAUCUGUACAUAAUCACACGUUUGAAUUCUUAUAUAAGAGCAUUUACCCUUUGAUUUGUCUACCACUGAGAAUAUGAGCUGAAACCCAGAUGGUAUUUGGAGCAUAAUUUGUUCCUGUCCCAUUUUUUGUUUUCCAGAAAUUGAGAAAAGUAGUUGUUGAAUUCAAGGUUUUGAUUCUGGGUAUUUAGGGUUUGGUGGGGUUGUGGGGAAUUUGAGAAGAGUUUGAUUUGAAUCGGAGAUCUUGUGGGGUGUUAUUAAAUUCGGGAUUUUGAGAUCAAAUUGUUCUCCUUGAAGCUUCGAAACCAUUUUCAGAGUUCAUAAGUUUCCUUGAUUCUUUCAUUUUGUCCAAACGAGUGAAUUUCAUUUUUGACACCUGAAUUUCUGGUUCAAUUUCAUUCUGGUUGAUCUCUGUCAGUUCUGAUUUCCCAGACUUUGGUAACUAACUAUCCCAAUUGUAAUUUGAGUUGUUAUUUUAUAUAGAGAGAGAAUCAGUUAAGAACAAGGAUAGUUUAGUGAAACUGUAGAAAUGGAUAUAAGUAACGAGGCUAAUGUUGAUGCAUUUCCUAUUGGACCUUCAACCUUAGUUGGUAGGACAAUUGCUUUUAGAGUUCUAUUCUGUAAGUCAAUGUCCCAUUUGAGGCAUCAAGUAUUCCAUGCUUUUCUGCAACUGUUGUUUAGAGUUAAGGACUUUUUGGGUCCUAUGUUAUCAUGGUUGCAUCCUCGAAACCCACAAGGGAUAUUGGCAAUGGUGACAAUCAUUGCUUUUGUGUUGAAACGGUACACAAAUGUGAAAGGGAGGGCUGAAAUGGCUUACCGGAGGAAAUUCUGGAGAAAUAUGAUGAGAACUGCUUUGAGUUAUGAGGAAUGGGCUCAUGCUGCUAAGAUGCUUGAUAAAGAGACCCCAAGGUUGAAUGAAUCUGACUUAUAUGAUGAGGAACUGGUGAGGAACAAGCUAGACGAGCUUCGCCAUCGUCGCCAGGAAGGGUCUCGUAGAGAUAUCAUCUUUUGUAUGAGAGCUGAUCUUGUUCGAAAUCUCGGUAAUAUGUGCAAUCCAGAACUGCACAAGGGGAGACUGCAGAUUCCUAGACUCAUAAAGGAUUACAUAGAUGAAGUCUCGACACAGUUGAGGAUGGUUUGCGACACUGAUUCAGAAGAACUUAUGUUGGAAGAGAAGCUUGCUUUCAUGCACGAAACAAGACAUGCUUUUGGAAGAACAGCAUUGCUUCUGAGUGGGGGUGCUUCACUUGGAGCUUUUCAUGUGGGUGUGGUGAAAACUCUUGUAGAACAUAAGCUUUUGCCUCGGAUCAUUGCUGGUUCCAGUGUGGGAUCCAUAAUGUGUGCUGUUGUUGCCACUAGGUCUUGGCCUGAGCUGCAAAGUUUUUUCGAGGAUUCUUGGCACUCGUUGCAGUUUUUCGAUCAGAUGGGCGGGAUAUUCACAGUUGUUAAGAGGGUGAUGACACAGGGUGCCGUCCACGAAAUCAGACAGUUGCAAAUGAUGUUAAGGCAUCUUACGAGUAAUCUUACGUUUCAAGAGGCUUAUGACAUGACAGGUCGGGUUCUCGGCAUAACAGUUUGCUCCCCAAGGAAGCAUGAACCUCCUAGAUGCCUUAACUACUUGACUUCACCUCAUGUUGUUAUAUGGAGUGCAGUGACAGCCUCUUGUGCUUUUCCUGGCCUUUUUGAGGCUCAGGAGCUGAUGGCAAAGGAUAGAAGCGGCGAGAUUGUUCCUUAUCAUCCUCCAUUUAAUUUGGGUCCAGAAGCAGGGUCUACCCCUGUGCGUCGGUGGAGGGAUGGUAGCUUGGAGAUUGAUUUACCUAUGAUGCAAUUAAAGGAAUUGUUCAAUGUCAACCACUUCAUCGUGAGUCAGGCAAAUCCUCACAUUGCACCAUUAUUGAGGCUAAAGGAAUUUUGGAGAGGACUUGGAGGCAACUUUGCUGCUAAGCUUGCUCAUCUUGCUGAGAUGGAAGUCAAGCAUAGAUGCAGCCAGAUUUUAGAACUUGGUUUUCCAUUAGGUGGACUUGCCAGGCUAUUUGCUCAAGAUUGGGAGGGUGAUGUCACUGUUGUCAUGCCGGCGACACUUGCUCAGUACUCGAAGAUCUUACAAAACCCGUCUCAUGGGGAGCUUCAAAAAGCUGCCAACCAAGGAAGAAGGUGUACUUGGGAGAAGCUUUCUGCGAUAAAAGCAAACUGUGGCAUUGAGCUUGUUCUUGACGAGUGUGUUGCAAUUCUCAAUCACAUGCGGAGACUCAAAAAGAGUGUGGAUAGAGCUGCUGCUGCUUCUCAUGGCCUAAGCUCCACUGUCAAGUUCAGUGGUUCUAGGAGGAUUCCUUCUUGGAACUGCAUUGCUCGUGAGAAUUCAACUGGUUCUCUGGACGACGACCUCCUGGCAGAUGCUUCUUCCUCGUUCCAUCAUGGAGCAAGCGGAUUCACCGCUGGUGGAACAUCUAGUAAAACUUUUCGAACCCACCGUGGUGGACAUGAUGGAAGUGAUAGUGAAUCCGAGACUGUUGAUCAACCUUCCUGGACCAGAACCGGUGGGCCUUUGAUGAGAACGGCCUCAUCAAAUCUGUUCAUAGAAUUUGUCCAAAAUUUGGACAUUGAUAAUGAAUUAAACAGAGGAUCGCUUAUUAGUCCCAACUCGAUGGCGCUUCAAAUGGCUAGCAAUACAGAUUUUUUUCUCAGCCCAAGAGGGACUGAUAGAAGUUCAGAAGGCACAGACUUUGAUCAGAGGGAUUUUAGAAACCGAGUUACCGUAAAUGGAUCUAGCAUUGUGGUCUCGGAAGGUGAUCUUUUGCAGCCUGAAAGAACCCAAAAUGGGAUUGUGUUCAACAUUGUAAAGAAAGACAAUCUAUCGUUGUCCAAUAGGAGUCAAGACACAGAAAAUUUCAACAAUGAAGCUGUUGAAUGUGUACAAUUGGACUGUCCAGAAAAGGAGAGCUCAGCAUCUGAGUGUGGUGAUGGUGAUGGUGAUGUUGCCCUCGAAAGCUGCGCAAGCGAAACCGAACAUGAAUUUAAUUCCUUGAAUCCAUCUGGUACAGAUGAUUUGAAGGAUCAAGAGCCUUGUGCAUAGAUGGUGUUAACACUCAUAUUGCUUACAGAUCUUUUUUUUCUGAAUGGCUCUGGGAGCAGUCUCGAGAUGUAAUAUAAGGUGAAGUUUAGAAGCAUGGCUUGAAGGAUUCGCCAAUCAAAUUUCAACACACAGUGGUUCAUACAGUUAGUCAAAUGGCAAAGAAACUGUUUUUUGUUUUAUAGUUACAUUAUCAAGAUGGGAAGGUUUACACUGUAAAUACUAUGAGUAAUGAUAUGUGUAUUCAAAAUAUACACUUAAAUAUUACACACAGUGAUGUGACAGUUUAGCCUAGCUAAUCAUAUUUAUUAAAAUUAAGAUCUACCAUUUUAAAAAGUAGUGACAUAUCACUGUGUGUAAUAUUUGGGUGCAUAUAUUGAGUGCAUAUAUCAUUAUUCAAAUAAUAUAUAUCUUCAUUUGUAGGGGCUACAGUUGUAACAUUGGUUCAUAUAGCUUAAAUGAAAUUGAAAAUAUUCCAUCUUUA